CGCGCUGCACUGUGGGACACAAACAAAGUGCCCGGCCGGGCGGCGCGGGCAGCUCGUCGCUCGGAGCCGUCCCGCUGAGCCGCCCCUCCCCUCCCUUCUCCUCCUCCCUUCAUCCCUUCCCCUCCUUCCCCUUAUUGAGCCGCCGACCCCCUCACCCUGGGGGCUGCUCAUCGCCCCGCCAGCUCCGCGCCUGAGGGGGAGGCGGCGGCUGCUGCUGUGGUGUUGGUGGUGGUGGCGGUGGCAGCGGCCUCUGCUCCUCCUCCGCCUCCCAACGCCAUGGCCCGGCCAGCACCGAGAUAGGGGGCUCGGCCCGGCGUUAGAGCGCAGGAGCAGCAAAUCAGCACAUUGCACUGGUUGUAUUCCUGAAGCUCUUCGCCCCUCGUGCUCGGCUGUGCUGCAGUUCCUGUGCUUUCACCUGGUACAUCUGUCAGAGUUCAGCUUCACGUCAGGGAUCUGCAAGCUUCAGUGAUGUUGUAAGGUACAGUGCGGCUUAAGAAAGCACCAUCUAUCUUCCUUAUGUAUCUGUAAGUGUUUUAUGGAGUGUCUUUUAAGUCUUGCGUAAAAAAGAACUUAGUGUCAGCAGAUCAACACGUUGUGCGUGGCCUGCACUGCAGCACUGCCCUGACUAUCGUAAUCCCUUUUAAUUAGCUCCUGAGGUUAAGAACUGUCUUGCUGAUCAGUGCACUUAAUGGAUGCCCUGUUGGCUCUGCCUAGUGCGUGUUCCUGUCUGAAAUGUUGUCUGGUCGAGGUAAGUGUUCUGUGAAGACCUGCACCCUUACAAGCAAGGAAAGGAGCAGAUGUGCAGAGCAAAGACACUGAAAAACCUCCUCAGAGCCUUCUGUGGGUUAAAAUAAUCCUGACAAAAGAUAAUAACAGUCUGGUUAUUUGGGGGGCUUUCUAUUAGCUGUUCAAUUUAGUUAAAUACUAUGGAGAACUUUCUCCAAAGUCUUCGUUAACUAAUUAUCUUCUAGAUUGUAGCUCAUCUGUUCUAGGUUCCAUGCGUGGGAAAUCCAUUACCAAGUGGGUAUGACACACUUUGCCUCAGUAAACACAGGUGUUGUCUCACUUGUUUCUCAUUCUUCGUUCCUUCAGGUUAUUUUCAUUCAGCCAGAUUUCUGCAGCUUUAUCCAAACACCUAAUCACGUAACACUGCUGAUCCUUGAGAGACGGAAACAUCUUUGUGUGUUUAAAUAACCAGAUCUUCAGCACUAAAUAUUUGAGGGAUUACGUUAACACUGUGUUAGUGUUGCCAAGAUUUCUGGCAGGUGCGUGCCACACAAUGAGACAAUCUUGGAGCAGUUGUGCCUCUUCUCCCACUACACUGACACCUUUUCUUGCGAAUUAAAGUAUCGGUUUAUAUGUUUGUAAUCACAGCAAUGUCUAAUGGAAGCAUUUUUAGGUUGACUUGUACUGAAAGGAGUGGUAACAUUUAACACACCUACAACAUGAGCUUUCAUCUUCAAUUUUUAUCUAGGACAGGACUUGUAGCGAUGCUUUAAUCUGGCUGUAGUCAUCUAGCACACCCGGUACAGAGCUCUCAAUUGCCUGUCAAUAGUCCCAAGCUUUUUUGGUAACAAACUACUGUCAGCUUUCAGCUUCUCCCAUCAGUCAGAGGGGUCUGGUCUUGACCGUGGCCAUUUACAGUGCUGUGCAGAUUAAUUUCCAUUGCCCAAAGCCAAUGGGACUGAAACCAUUUAGCAGGUUGUUUCACACAGUACGACCUGAAUUCCAAUGCUGUGACACCUUCCGCAGUUAAUAAUUUCCCGUUUAUCUGUGAAUUGGUUGUGUGAUGUGAAGCUGUCUCAUGACAGGCAUAAGUUGGUCAGCUGCAAAGACAUCAGCAGCGUGGUUCCUGCAGCAGAAGGAAGAGGUUUACAGUGAGACUGAAUUCCCUUGCCAGCUUGAGAUGGGUCAGAAGAAAGCUGUGUAGGUCACAUAUAUGAAAUGGUAAGGGACAAAAGUGAAUCCAGAAGUGUCGCUUCCAUGUGGAACUCAUUAGCUGCACAAGUGUCUGUUGCAAGUAUGUGUCUGCUGGUAAGUUUAAUGAUUUUGGCCUUGGCAUCUGUAGCCUGUUGUCUUCAGGCAGAUGACUUCUUGAUUCUGCUAGAUGCAGGGCUUGGAGGAGCUCCUUUCUGCCUUCCAGAACAUGCUUGGGGCUUUCAAACAGACACUGUGCCAAGGGUUCACUGGAAGAUAUGUCCUCCAAAUUGAUCUGCUCUGAGUCAAGCCAGCCAUGUGAAGUGGAAAUGUUUCUCUCGCUGCGUGCCAGGAGAGCAGUGGCACUUAAGGGAUGGGCUGCUGGAGCUUUGAAAGAGUGCUCUGCUCAGCCACAUCUUUGGAACCCACUACCAGACGAUGAAUAAGGAUGACAAACAAUUUUGGGCUACCCGUGAUCUCUCAUAUGUGGAAAGAACGCUGGCAGAAAGGUGAAAAAAUGGGUGUUAAAACAUUCACUCAUAAUUCCCCUGCUCACAGUCAGGAGAUGCUUGGAAAGCUAAACAUGCUCCGCAAUGAUGGGCAUUUCUGUGACAUCACCAUUCGCGUCCAGGACAAAAUCUUUAGGGCUCACAAGGUGGUGUUGGCAGCCUGCAGUGACUUCUUCCGUUCCAAACUGGUUGGUCAAGCAGAAGAUGAGAGCAAGAGUGUGCUGGACCUGCACCACGUGACAGUGACUGGUUUUAUUCCUCUUCUGGAGUACGCUUACACAGCGACGUUAUCCAUUAAUACAGAAAACAUCAUUGAUGUGCUGGCAGCAGCCAGCUAUAUGCAAAUGUUCAGUGUUGCUAGCACGUGCUCGGAGUUCAUGAAGUCGAGCAUCUUAUGGAAUACACCCAACAGCCAGCAAGAGAAAGUGCUGGAUGCAGGGCAGGAGAAUAAUGCAUUCUGCAAUUUCACUUCCCGAGAUGGCAGCCUUUCUCCCGUUUCUUCUGAAUGCAGCGUAGUGGAAAGAGCCAUUCCUGUUUGCCGAGAGUCACGAAGGAAGCGCAAAAGCUACAUAGUUAUGUCUCCUGAGAGCCCUGUCAAGUGUAACACACAAACAAGUUCCCCCCAAGUGCUGAAUCCUUCAACUUCUUACCCAGAGUCCAGAAAUCAGCCCGUAGACUCCUCCUUAGCUUUUCCGUGGACUUUUCCUUUUGGGAUUGAUCGAAGGCUUCAGUCUGAGAAAGUGAAGCAGGUGGAGAACUCAAGGACUUUGGACAUGCCCGGCCCCUCGGAGUCAAACAGGAGAAUUGCAGAUUAUGUGACGUGUGAGAGCACAAAAGCCAACUCGCCCCUUGUGAUCGAAGAAGACGUGCGUGUCAAAGUGGAGAGGUUAAGCGAUGAGGAGGUGCACGAGGAAGUAUCGCAGCCCGUCAGUGCAUCCCAGAGCUCUCUGAGUGACCAGCAGACAGUCCCAGGAAGCGAGCAAGUUCAGGAGGAUCUCCUGAUCAGCCCACAAUCGUCCUCUAUAGGCUCGAUGGAUGAGGGGGUUACGGAGGGAUUGCCCACACUCCAGAGUACCUCUGGGGCUAACGCUCAUGCGGAUGACGAUGAUCGUUUGGAGAACGUUCAGUAUCCCUACCAACUCUACAUUGCUCCUUCUACCAGCAGCACAGAGAGACCCAGCCCAAAUGGUCCCGAUAGACCUUUUCAGUGUCCCACCUGCGGGGUCCGGUUCACUCGCAUUCAGAACUUAAAACAACACAUGCUUAUCCACUCAGGCAUUAAACCAUUUCAGUGUGACCGCUGUGGGAAAAAGUUCACCCGAGCUUACUCGCUAAAGAUGCAUCGCCUGAAGCACGAAGGUAAACGCUGUUUCCGGUGCCAGAUAUGUAGUGCCACUUUCACUUCCUUCGGGGAAUAUAAACACCACAUGCGGGUUUCCCGGCACAUUAUCCGCAAGCCUCGGAUUUACGAGUGCAAAACAUGCGGCGCCAUGUUCACCAACUCUGGAAAUUUAAUCGUUCACCUGCGGAGCUUGAACCAUGAAGCAUCAGAGCUAGCAAACUACUUCCAGAGCAGUGACUUCCUAGUACCGGACUACUUAAACCAGGAACAAGAAGAGACCCUCGGGCAGUAUGAGCUAGGGGAGCAUGGCUUUGAAAGCAACUCUUCUGUCCAAAUGCCUGUCAUUUCACAGGUCUCGUCAACUCAGAAUUGUGAAAGCACUUUCCCCUUGGGGUCUCUGGGUGGGUUGGCAGAGAAGGAAGAAGAUGUGCCAGAGCAGCCAAAGACUAACGCCACUGCUGAGGCAACCGCAGGUGACCCUCCAAAGCCGGAGCUGUCAUCUAUUACUAUUGAAUAAUUCAUGGUUUGGUUUCAUUUUUGUUCUUUGGAAAGUGCCUGUGUUUGGUCCUGUACAUUUUAAUUUAAUUUUUUUAAACAAAAGUGGGGAGAUUUUCCCUUUUUACUUUGUAAGCUACGCUUUAAACAGGAAACUGCAACAGAUGUUACAUUAUUUUUCAUGACUGAAUGAUCACUUCUGUGAAAAUAUUUAAGACUGAAUGCACAAAAAGAUCUUGUCAAAACAUCAUGGAAGCUGUGAUACACUUCUAAAGAAGAACAACUGAUUCAGAUCACUUUAACUAUUUCUUCUUCCACAGUUAGAACAGCUCAUUACGUUUUUCUUGCUUCUGCAGAACCUCUGGUUAAGGGAAAGAAAUCAGAGGAAACCUUUUUAAAAUGACAAACAACAGGAUGCGUUGGAAAUCAUUAUUGAACAGCUUUGACUGGUUUUGAGUGGAUGCUUUAAUCUUCUGCAUUGAAAAAAAAAAAAAGACAUUUCCUAUCUCUGUGCCUGCUGUUUCUCAAAGCGCUUACUGUAACCCUUUUGUUGGAAACGGUAAGCAUUUCUGAAACUAACAGUCACACACUUUGCAAAAACACAUUGUCCCUUUUCAUCUCAGAUAAAUUGGUUUUGACAAACCAAGUGAUGUCAUGCCAGGUAUUCCUUCUUCUUAUAUUUCAGUCCUUUUAGAAACAUCUCGAUCAAAUAGCCUGUCUGGAUUUGCCAGUCUAAGGUUAGGCGUGGAAAUACUCCGGUCAGGAUAAUUCUGGUGGUGCAUAAUGAAGUGAGGAGGUUAGAGAAGGGUAUAACCGUGCACUCCUGACAGAUAUCUCACGACUGUAUCUUUCUGCAGAAGGGAAACCAUGUGUGAAAAUGAAGGUUUUCCCAAGCUGAAAUUCUGAAAUCUUGACCAGGUUGCUCACAGUUCUGGUCACUUCUUCCUAUCGUAUAUACUGUAUUUUACUAGUCUCCAAAACCUAACUAAAGGGAAUUUACAGACGGGGAAAAUAAAUGGGCUCUCUUCUGCAUUAUUGCACAUUUUGUGUUUAUACAUAUGCAUGUAUGGUUGCUGAGAUUUUUAUUAGGCUGUUUUGGACAAAACAAGCGAUUUAUUCCCUUCAGAGGCCAACUUUCUAACCCAACAAGGGGUUGUUUACAAAAAGCCUAUAUAGCAGUGAUGAAUCGUUCCUAUUUCAAAACAUUCUAAAUCCUUGCCAAUUCAGUUUAUUAAAGGCCAUUACUCCAGCUAUAUACACGGCUCAAGUAAGCAAUAAAUUGUGAAAGAUUUGCAAUUUCAUUUUUUCCAUAUUUAGAAAAAGCUGCAAAUUUAGGGUACGGGAUUUUCAGAGCAGCGGUUCUUGUUUUGUUGAGGCUGUUUGGGUUACGGUACUGCUUUGAAAGCUAAAUUAGGAAAUACAUUAGGAGGUUUUUGAUUUAUUUUUGCUUCUGAAGUUAACUCGGUGUUUGAUGCCAAAUGCCUAUCGCCUACAGAUGACAUGCUGAGAGAGUAGGUAUUACUUGAUCUUAGUAUUCCAAAGGCAUGAUACACUCCCUUAGUUUUGAAUCUUGAUUUUAAAUUAUUGUUUUCUGUCUGGAUUUGCUUUAUGCAAACAUGAGGAGGAAAUGAAGCUGAUAGGAAAAGGUGCUCCUGAAGAAACAGAAGGCACAAAAGUCAUAUUAUGUUGCACUGUCAGUUUGUAUUCAGUUCAUUUUGGCAGCUGAUGCUUUGUAGGUCUGGGUUGUUUCUGAUAACCUGCUUUUGUAAGGAAAAACAGCUUAUUGCCCUUUGGAAAGGGACCAAAGGGUUUCAUUGUCUUCAGCAGUUUUUCUCCGCUCUGUUUUAAGUACAAAAUACACCUUUUAGUUAAAUAAAGUGAAAACAGUUGGAUUUUAAAUCCUUUCCACGUUACUGGAGUGAAGUUUCCCUACCAGAUCCAUAGAGUGUUUUAUAAAUAUGCUGCAAAGGAGUUCUCAGCUACAGUUCAGUCUUGUUGUCUACCUUUGUUAAGUCUUCUUUAAAAGGGCUUGAAGGAGAAAUAGUCUUUUGUGAUGCUGUGCUACAAAUCGGUCCGGUAUCUUUUUGAUGGGCUGAAUUUAAAGACCAAUUCUCUUCCACUUCUGAUUUCUAUAACUGAAAAGCCAGUGAGACAAGAAAAUGCCUUUUGAUGAGCUUUAUCUUGACGUAUAGGGCUAUGACACUGAACUCAAAGGGUUUUUCUUUUUUGUAAUAAGUGUUACUCAUCUUUCCAGGUCUGUGAGAUUCCUUUGUGAUUCAUGCAGUAAAUAGUACUCACACAGUUCCAGGCUGUACAGGUGUAAUAUUCAGCGGUCAGGUGGAGAUGGACAUAAACUUCUAUUAGAAUCUGGUAAUUUUCACCCACUGGAUCUUUUGUUAAUAUGCCUAUUGGUGAGGAGAUGUGCAAACACAGAAUAGACAUCUCUGGAUAUUGGAUUUGUAGAAGUCUUAACUUCUUGUGUCAGAAGGCAAACUGCUUUCUGAAGACCAAAGAGAAAUGAAAAAGAAAGUUUAAAAAGAACCCCACUACCUUUGUAGUUCUAAUUUGUUCUUCCUUGAGAAGAAAUGAGUUAACACUUUGGUACGAGGCAAGCCAUGGGUUUCAUUUUUCAUUGCACAGUGUUAGAUGUUAUCUUUUCACCCAUGUCAUCUCUGUGUAACAUCUGUUUUGUUCUUCUCACUUGAAUCUGAUUCCACUGCAGGGGCAGUAGAGUUCUUAGAGGGUUUGUUUGUUUUAGGAUUGGGCAUUUUUUGUUAGUUUUCCUGUUUGUAAGUGCUUCUUGUUAGUGUCUCUUCUCUCCAUAGAACUUGAAUUAGAUAUAGAUAUCCUUUUUAUUUUUCCUCCUUUACUUGAUUGAAAUGUUCAGCUCUGUUUGGAAUACUUGUGUUCUUUAUGGGACAGAUGUAAAAAUGUAGAACAUCUUAAAACAAGUUCUGUUGCUAAAACUUGGAUUCCAGAUUAAGCAAGAUAGGUAUCUGAACUAGAAGAAACUUGUCUUACCUUACACCUGGGAUUAAUCAGAAAGCUGCUUUCCGAUUCCAUACAUUAUCUGAGUGUUUUGGACCCUGGGCUGCAUUUUCAUCCUUUUCCACCCAUGCCCUCAAGUUCCUUGGUUUGCAUUUAUCUCUCUACUUGACCAGCAUCACAGAACAGUUGAGACUGAAAGGUACCCCUGGAAAUCACAUGGUCCAAGACAUGGACUCAAGGCAGGGUAAGUGAGAUUUUGAAUAUCUCCAAAGACAGAAACCCUAUGACUUCUGUGGGCAAUCUUUUCGUUUGGUGGAAAAUCCUUUCCUCACCCAUUUAUUUGCAAGCUGAGUGCCUUCACUACUGCAGAACCAGCAGGAUUCUGCUGUGUGCUCGGGUCCCAAACUCUUGGGGUCUCUAUGGGGUCUUUCUCCUUUGCAUAUUGAGUAGAGCAGGAUGUCUAAUGAGACAAACAGGAAAGCAGCAGUAUUAUUUUUUUUCUCUGCCUCAAUGUGGUGUUUUGGUAAAGGGGAUAAAAUUCAGCAGCUCUCUAUUUCCCUGCAAAGAGUGGAAGAAAAAUGAGCACUGUUUUAGCUGCGUGGGGGAUUUGGCCAAGUUGUAAGGGUUUGUUUUGUUUUAUGAUGCAGAUCCAUAGCACAGCUCCCCUGGAGAUCCAUGGGAUUGCCUUCGUGUUCAGCAAAUUAAGCUCCCCAUCACAACUGCUUGUCACUUUUCUUACACCAUGUGUGAUAUGUGUUCCUCAUGCUUUGUCUCACUGCUGUUUGAGUUCAGUUGUCAGGCUCGCAGGUAGUGUAGUCGCGUCUCUCAUACUGAGAGAUUAGUAGACUAGGUUAUUGAAAAUGGUUCUGGGUUCACAUGUAUUUGAGUCUAAAAGGUGUGAAUUUAAACUUUUUUAAAAAGUACUAGCUGCCAAUGCAGUAAGAUAUAUUUUGUAAGACUAUGAUCCCUAUAUAUCCUUUACAGGAUAAAAUUUUAUUGUUUUUAAGCUAUGGUUUAAAGUUUUUAUAUGAGGGCUUCAGUCGCUUCUUGGUUGCUGGCUUUCCCCUCCAGCCCCAGGAUGAAAGAGCAUUGAGACUAUUGCCAGUCUCUCUCUGAGACAUACCAGGAAGCAUUUUAUAUGCAAAUAGAACGGGAGCUUUGUGCACCCUGCAGGGAUGGAGAAAAUGCAGAUGUAGGAGCACCUGUUGCUCCCGGAUCCAUUGCAACUUCCACACCAUCAGAAUAUGGAAAAUAGCUAAUUUUCAUUCAGAUGGAUUAAGUUCGAGUUUUGCGUACAAGGUGAAACCCGUCUUUUGAGGGUUCUCAUCUCCAGUUAUGGACAUAAUAAAUUCCAUAGCAUCUUGAUGACAGAUAGGAGUGUUCAAGGCCAGACUGUGCCUCAGCCGCAUUGGAGGUCCCUCGUAGGUGGAGUCGAUUCAAAGUAUUGGAGGAAAUGUACCAUAAAAAACAAAAUGUGAAUUUCUUUUAAUGCAACAGUACUGAACUGCUCUGGGUUUUUGUUAACUCAAUAUGUGCUAUCAUAGUAAUUCAGUGUCCCGCAGGUCUCAAAUCUGGUUGCACUAAUAACAAAGUCAAAUGGGUUUCUGGUGCUGCCAGCCUGUGUGGCAACUGUACCUACAGUCUUCCUGAGGGUUGCUGACGUCCCCAGAGGAGUGAUUUUGUUUAACCAUUCAUUUAGCUGGUGCAUGCUUUUGAUAUUCUGACUUAUAGCCCUGGCUACACAAACUUCUUGGACAGCUUCUUUGCCCUGUACCUGCAGUGCCUUCGCUCUGGGUGCUGCUCUGUGGUGAAACCCUGAAGAGGGAAAGAGUAAAGCUGGAGGAAAAAUGUGAAUUAAAUUAUUGUUGGGCUUCUUUGUGCAUUUUAGUAACAGUGAAACCCCCUUAACUGUGCCAGUCUCCAGUCACCAGCCGUAUAUCCAGUCGUCAUCUCAUCCACAGUACAGCUUCUCUUGUUGAUGCUGGCCACAGCUAGAUUACUUGGCAUGUUUAUUGACUUAACAGAAUUGGGUUUUGGUUUUGGUUUUGUUUUUUAAUGUAUACGAUGUUUAAAUACACUUCACAUUUUAUAUAAUACUAUCUGGCUAUUAGUAUUUUUCAGGAACCAUAGUUCUUGGUGGCUAUAUAUAUUUUUGUGACUUUUUUUGUAAACUAAGUGCCGUUUCAACGUUGCAAUCAUUUUUAGAGUUAUUGUAAUCAAUGUGAAUAUCAUGUUUUUUCAAAUCUGUUCUGAGCCUGUAGUGUUUGCUUUGUGAUCAUAUGUGUAAUGUAUAUAUUCUGUAUAGUUACAUUGUAUUGAAAUACUAGCUUGUUUGAUAUAAGAAAAGUAUGUAUUGGAUACCUUUUUGCUAGCCUGGUUGUUUAAUCUUUAAAAAAAAAAUGUUCUAAAAUGCAAAAAAAAUUAUCCAAACUGGUCCCAUUAUAGGUCAAAAUUAAGGGGGGAGAAAAAACUAGUUUUGAGUGUCUUUGGAUAGAAACAUGAAGCUAAGAUUUUUCAUUAAAAUAUUAAUGUUUUAUGGAGUAUAA